AUGUCGAGGAAUUUCGGCGCGAGGCACGGAGGGGAACUGACCAAGUGGUUUGGUCUGGCAACAGUACACGCAGUCACGGAACAGAUGGCCGUCUGGCAGAAUGCUGGAGUUCGAAGAGGAUUGACGACCAUCGCUACUGCUGAGAGCAGCUCGAAGAUGACUGGAUCUGGAGUCAUGCAUUUCAGCUGUGAAAUGUGCGAGUUGAGUGUUGACAAAGGAGCGUUGCUUUCAACUGCGGCGCGGUGUAAGUCCGAGUUGCCCGCUAGUACUACGACUGCCAGUAGUACUAGUAACACUGCCAGUGCAAACCUCGCGAGAUCCCAGCAGUAUCAAACACAACAGCACUAUGAACGGCAAAAUGCCUCCCCUCGUCGAGCACGAGGAGGAUAUAUCGGCCAUUCAACGAACACCCCUACCAGGGAGCUCGACAACAUGCUGAUUGGCACUCGCGGCCACUGGGAGGGCCACGAUUGA